UCGUUCAUGUAAUGUGCUUCUAACGAAGCUAGGUGCCAUAACUCUAGCCAUCGCCUGGUUUCUCUAAAAAUUCAUCAUAGUUCGAUAUGACGCUGUGAGGGCCAGCCCCUUCGGCCAUUAAUGGCAAGUGUGCCCCACGGAGACAUUCGCGACCGGGCGCACUAAUCGUCAGUAGCGUGCCGUUCUGCUGUGGCUGCCGAUUGCAGCCAGACACUUCGCUUACGCUCAAAACACUAGUAGAGAGGUGAAUAGCUGUGUUUGAAGUAAAAUCUGUUGCGGGGCAACUAAUUUCAGCAGUAGAAGUUGUUGUAGCGAUAGUACUGCCGCCGGUACAAAGCCUCUCAUAUUUCUCUUUAGCACCAUCAUCACGCGCCCGUUGGUUGCGCAUUAUUGUACAGGAACUAUCGCUCCCGUCAUCAUCGUCAUCGCAGAUGCGAACUUGUUGACCAGCGUUACCUCCGGGAGUGCUGCUGUUAGUGCUGCUCGAGUGGGAACCACCCGGCGCCGGCCCCAUUAAGGAGGUUCGUGACGGUGAAGGAGAGGCGAGGUAUCGUACCCGUUGCAGUUGCUUGUUGCUGUAGUCUUGAAUUUGGACAGUGCUUCGGAAGCUUCCGCUGGAUGGGCCGCAGACAUGUUGCUGGCAGCCGGCGCCCCAAGGUGAUGGUGACGUGGUUAGAGACAUCGACCGAGGUGGAGCGAAAUGAGAGACUCGUCAAUGGCGGGCGACAACGAGUUGGGGCCGAACUGGAGGUACACGCUGUCAGACACCGACUGGUCCCCGGACCCCGAGCUGCAGCGGUUGCUGGAGAGCGCUUGGACGGAGCGGCAUGAUACGGGCACCGGGUUUCGCUACCGUGUGAACAUCGAGCGAGAACGUAUCGCCCCGGGACGGUUUGGGUUUCUGUUACAGCUCAACCGCAUGCGCUUGUCGGACCGCCGUCAACCGCAACAGUUCACACAACACGCACCGUUCGACGCGAGUAAAUUCAAUUUCAAUCGGGUCGCUCCCGGCGAGAUAUUGCUCGAGCUGCUGGUAACGGCUGACGCAGAUUCCGGUGCCAGCGUUCCGGUAACGCUGCUCAUAAACAACAGCCCGCUGUCGGUGUUUCAUUCGCUCGUCGUUCCGGAGCGGGCUCAGCAAAGGGCCCAGCACCUAACGCCCAGUGCCGUACGCGUGGCUCUCCAGUUGCUCUACCGCCUACCGGACCGACGUUACCGCCUUGCCUACAACAGUCCGGGGGCGCUUGCUUCCGUCAACCACUUGCACCUACAUCUGGUGCGCAUCGAGCACGAGCUCUACGUUCAACGGGCGCCUCUGGUCCCGUUGGACAAGAGCCAACUGCUCUACCGGCUAGCCGAUGGGUUACCAGCGCAAGGCUUCUGUUACGUCCUGCGCAAACCUAACCGGGACGCGGCGAUCUUCUUCCGUGCACUAAAUGAGCUGCUAGCGUCGCUAGCGAGGCGCCAGAUGGCGUAUAACCUGUUCUUCACCUGGACGCACCUGUCGCCGGAGGAGGCUGACGACGACGCAUGCAUCCGCGUGUUGGUGUAUCCGAGGGUGCAGCCGUGCGCCAAUAAGCGGGCUUGCUCGUUCAACGCUGCUGCGCUCGAGCUGAGCGGCUACGUGUCGGUUGGUGAUCCGGUUGACUAUGAACGGCUCACGGAAGACUCCAUCCGAGGGGCGUUACGCGAUGCACAGGGUGACGUUUAUGGGCCGCUACUUUACAACCCCUGCUGCUUUUGAUGCUGGUUGAUGGGUUGAUCGUUUUAACUAUGUGAAACUACCGAUGAACGUAUUGGUGAUAUUAUUAAAAA